UAUAUACGUGGAGAAACGGGGGUCUCCCGAGCCGCGAAACGGAGGAAAACUCGCCGCGCGCGAGUGAGUUCGGAGCGAGCUAGCGCGCUCUCGAGAAGUGUUUUUCGCUCCCGGAACGACGAGACGCGAAGAAGAAACGUCGGAGAGAGAGAGAGAGAGAAGAAGGAAGAGACGAAUGAUUGAUUUUCGCGAGCGAUUACUACGAGCGAGGGUUGAAAACGAAACGGAUCGCGAAACGAUUCUCUCUUUUCCGAUCGAACGAAUUGAAAUUUCGAAGUUUCGCGCGCGGUCGGAGAGACGAGAUUUGAGAUCGGCGAAAACGCUCAAACGCACAACGCCGUCGAUGGCGUUUGAAUUUCCUCGCUUUACCGCGAAAACGUGGUGAGGAGGGUUUUUUUUUCUUUUUUCCAAGUGCUCGAGAGAGAGAAUAUUGAGAUAGGGAAGAGGAGCGCGGAGGAGGACUCGAGUCGCGACUUCUCUUCUCUCUUUCUCGAGAGAUAGAUAAUCGGGCAGUGAAGUGAAAGUGAAGAGAGCGGCUCUGUGUCGCGCGCGCGUAAGUGAAAAAGGACCGUGUUGGUCAGACUGCCCGUCUCUCUUCCCCCCCCCCUCCCUCUCCCGGGGCAAUCAGUGGCUAUCACUCUUCUUCCUGUUGCCGUCUUUUCUUAUCUCUCUGAAUCUUCGCGGGUUGUAGAACGCGCGAUGUAUCUCGGAAGAUAAAUGUCGCGAGAGAUUAAAUCGAAUCGAGUGUUUUCGACGCGAAGUUUUGAACUUCCGCGCGAGAUGUGAGAUCCUAGCCGAUGUGUGUGUGCGUGUGUUGUUGUUGUUGUUGUUGUUGAUCUUAACCUCUGACAAGAAUAUGAGACGUGAAACGACGGCUCCUCGUCGUCACAGCCAGAUGCGCGACGCGUCGGCGUUUCGGUUUCGCGCAUCUCGUCGAAUUUAAAUUUUCCGGCGUGAUCUUGCGGCGCGACAACCUGGUGGGUUCCGAAGAUCGGCGCGUCACGUGACCGGAUUCGCGCGUUGUAGCCCCCCCCCAUCCCCCGAAUUGCCGACAAAGCCCCUUGUGUGUGCAGCUUUCGAAGAAGUCUCUGAUUCGAGAGCACACCGGAGAGAGAGAGAGAGAGAGAGAGAGGUGAGCGUCGGAAAGGAGAACGCGAAAGAGAAGAAGGGACGGAGACGCGAGGGGGAGUAGCGAGAACGGAGGGAGAGAGCAGGCGAGGAAGAAGAAGAAGACGAAGAAGAAGGGAGGUGUGUGUGUGUGUGUGUGUAAGAGCUUCCUCCCCGCGAGACGCGCGGUCUCGAAGGGGGCGAGAAAACGUUUUGUAUUAUAAUUCGGCGUGGCUACCUUCGAGGAUGAGCGACGGCGGUCAUGCCGUGUAAUUCGAAGGUGUACCACGUCACCGUCGCAUCGUGCACGAUCGUCGCCGUUCUCGUCACGGCAUCGCCAGCAAGAUGAGCUCGAUCGACUUCGACGAGGUGCUGGUACACGUGGGCGAGAAGGGCCGAUACCAGAACAUCAUGUACUACUUGCUGUGCAUACCCGCCACUCUGCCGGCCGCCUUCUUGGCGUUCUCGCAAGUGUUCGUGAGCGCAUCGCCGGAACACUGGUGCAGGAUACCCGAGCUGGAUAAUCUGACGGAUCUGAUGUCGCUGGAGGAGAGAAAAGCGCUCUCGCUGCCCUACGAAAAGAAGCCUGACGGCAGGAGGAUCUACUCAAAGUGUGAGAUGUACGACGUUAAUUACACGGAGAUAAUCGAGGAGUGGCUGCGACGCGCCAGUCAGUACAACGUAACCGACGACGACGUCGAUCCGUCGACGAUCGCGUCCACGUCGUUUUAUCCACCGCCGAGAAAACUGCCGUCGCCACCAGUCAGCAACCCCGACUGGCCGGUCAUCGACUGCCAAUACGGAUGGAACUACGACAACAGAGAUUACGACAGCACCCUCGUGACCGAGCUAGACCUGGUAUGUGCCAACAGCUGGUGGCCUUCCACGUCAACUACGUUUUUUUACGUGGGCAGCCUCUUCGGCAACGUCGUGUUCGGGUGGAUCGCCGACAAGUGGGGCAGAAGAACGGCCUUCUUCGCCAUCCUGUUCCUCGAGGUGAUAUUCUCGAUCGCCACGAGCUUCAGUCCGAACUACGUAAUCUACACGGCGCUGAGGACCGUGAACGGUCUCUUUUUUCCUGCCAUUUAUCAAAUACCUUUCAUACUCGCUCUCGAGCUAAUGGGGCCGAGAUAUCGAACGUUCGCCGGGAUGGUGAUCUGUAUGUUUUUCGCCACGGCAAUGUCUCUCCUGGCGCUGCUGGGUUAUUUGUUAAGGCACUGGUACACCCUGUCGCUGGCCACGUCGGUGCCUUUCGUCGUUCUCUUCAGUUACUACUGGAUAAUACCGGAAUCGCCGCGGUGGCUUCUCAGUAAAAACAGAAUAGACGAGGCGGAGGUGAUCGUUCAACACAUGGCGAAAGUCAACGGGAAGACCGUGCCGUCGAACUUCCUCAGAAAGAUGGAAGUAGAAAUAUUAAAGAGACAAGGGAUAUCGUGUAAUGGUAGGAACUCCAAUGAGGGUACGAACGUCGACGUUGAGGGCGAGAACAGAUCGCCACCGCUGUCCGCGACCCCGAUGGACCUGAUCAGAAAUCCGAAUAUCAGAAAGAAGUUUUUUAUUCUCGCGUUCGAUUGGGUGGCGAACGCGGUGGUUUACAACGGGCUGUCCUACAACACGACCAAUUUGGGCGUCUCCGAUUACCUGGCCUUCUUCAUCGGAGGUAUCGUCGAGAUUCCGUCGUACUUUCUUACGUGGUACGCGAUGGACAGACUGGGCAGGCGAUGGGUAUUGUGCGUGACCAUGAUGCUCGGCGGGAUCGCUUGCGUUUCUUGCAUGUUCGUGCCCGAAGACGCGGUCUGGGUGACAGUCAGUCUGGCGAUGAUCGGAAAAUUCGGCAUCGCCGCGUCCUUCGCCGUCUUCUACGUCUUUGUCGGCGAGCUGUUGCCCACCGUGUUGAGAUCCCAGGCGAUGGGAAUCGCCUCGUUCAUCGCCGGCAUCGGACUGCUCACUUUUCCCUACAUCGUACAUCUGGCGGUUUACUCGAGAGUGCUGCCGCUGAUCGUUAUGGGAUCGCUUAGCGUCGCCGGCGCCAUCACUUCCGUGUUUCUGCCGGAGACGCUCAAUAUUCAUCUGCCGCAGACGAUCGAGGAGGGCGAGCUGUUCGGUGCCGACUUCAAGCUGUGGUCCUGUCCAACGCUACCGACAAGAAGGCCGAACAAGUCCGAGUCCGUGCCGUUGAAAUACUUGGUGAACGGCGGACCGGGUAGUCGCUCGUCUACCUCGAAGGCCGAGUCGCAGGAAGCCAUAAUCACGUCCGAGGACGAGAAAUCGAUUACCGCGCAGCCUUCGGCGGAGGAAGAGGCAAGGAACUUAAGCGAGUCCAAGGAGGAGAAACUGAAUGUCGCGACGGCCGUUGAGCCAAAAACGUCCAUCACGGUGGUAGAAGUGAACGUCUGCAGUCGGAAGUCGUAAUACGAGAGAGAAAGACAGUUUUUA